AUGUCAAGGUUAAUUUAUCAAACCACUGAUCGUUUCAAGAAUGCUCUCGUCAAUCACAACAUACCUGGCUUGAGGUGGUUGAUAGAAGGAUUCAAUUAGUAAGCGUAAAGUUGCAAAACUGAUUGUUUAGUUAUGACCGGUCGAGAGUCAAAGAUGUGGGACCAGAUCGUGCAGCUGCCGAAUGGAUUGUAAGGUGUGGAGGCAAAGUAAAGUAGGUUUUUACUGCCUUUUAGAGGCAUUUUUUGAUUUGGGUUUGAGACAGUUAAAACACUAUUUUAUGUAGUUAUUGGUUUAAAAAAAAUAAUUAUUUCUUUUUUAUAACCGGUAUUUGUCAUAGACAUUUCCAGGUUUGACAGAUACCGUGACAUCUUUGAAGACUACAAUAUGCUUAUUCGCGUUACAGCUGAAUUGGACCCGGCUAAAGAGUCAGGCCAAGUAAGGUUGGUAAUGGUCGAUGGUUCGAAUUCAAGUGUUUCUGGGUAUGGAUUUCGACAUUUUGGUAAGUGAGACAUUUCUAGAGUAAGAAAUUUGUCUUUUUCCUUAAACAGUUUUUUUAUUUUAAUACAAAAGGUUGUAGCAAACAUCACAAAGCUGGAGUCAGUGAAGUUGAUUGGAUGCAAAUCGAUGAAUGACACUGGAUUGGAGAUUAUGGGUGAGCACAUGGGACAGUAUUUACCGCACUUACACUUGGAGCAAUGUCCUCGGAUAACAGAGUAUGGGCUGAAGCACUUGGAGAAGUACAGGUAAGCUUAAUGCUUCUAAAUAAUACAAGGUAUAGUUGGAAAACGGAAACAAAGCAUUUUUGAGCUAGAAUGUGAGAUUAAAAGUUUAUAUAAGUGCUUAACUUAUAUUGAAACGUUUAUACUAAUAUACCAUCAACGUGACAAAAUAACUUUAAGCGGUCUAAAACAAUUGGUACUAAAAGAUCUGAAGAAUGUCCACAAGCCUGAACGAAAUGUGGCAGCGCUUCAGAAGGCGUUACCAAACUGUGAAUUGAAGUUUUCUUAA